AUGUCCCCCGCUCUCGAUUACUUCUCAAAGACCUCUUCAGCCGCGGAUCCCGCCCCUGCGCCAGCUGUGGAGGAUGUCCUUCCCAAGUCAACCCAUACGGAUGCUUCUGGGAACUACUACAAUCCGUGCCUGGACCCCAAGAACUACCUCGAAGGCCCUCUAUCUGAUAACCCCGCUACCCGCCUCCGUCAGAUGCUUGCGCGCCCUGGGAUCGUGGUCGCACCAGGCAUCUGCGAUGGAAUCAGUGCGAGAUGCGCACUUGAGGCUGGGUUCAACUGCCUCUACCAAUCCGGAGCAGCGACCACUGCUUCCCGGAUGGGGCAGCCCGAUCUCGCCAUCGCGACGCUUAACGAUUUCGUAGGCUCCGCACAGAUGGUCUGCAGUCUCGACCCCACAUGUCCAGUCAUUGCAGAUGCCGACACUGGAUUCGGCGGGCCUGCUAUGGUAGCCAGAACCGUGACCCAAUACGCUAGGUGCGGUGUGGCGGGUCUGCAUAUCGAGGAUCAGGUGCAAACCAAGCGAUGUGGUCAUCUUCUCGGCAAACAAGUUGUCUCGAGGGAAGAGUUCAUUACGCGCAUCCGCGCCGCUGUCAUCGCCCGGGACUCGAUCCCCGGCGGAUCUGAUUUCGUGAUUAUUGGUCGUACGGAUUCGGCCCAAGUCCUAGGAAUGGAGGAGGCUGUUGAGCGGUUGAAGCUUGCGGCAGCCGCUGGCGCGGAUGUGUGCUUCAUCGAAGGGGUUAAGUCCAAGGACCUCCUCGAAAAGACCGUCGCCGCAUUAGCACCCAAGCCGGUCCUCGUUAACGUCAUCUCUGGUGGACUCACGCCCCCGUUCACCUACAAAGAAGCCGAGGAGAUGGGUGCCAAGAUCAUUAUCUUCUCGCUUGUAUCUUGUGUAGCCAUGGUACAUGCUUGCCGUGCGGCCAUGCAGUCUCUCAAGAAGACUGGUACUGACUUUGUGUCCGCGCAAGGUAUGGAUCCGAAGGCAUUCUUCAAAGUCAUGGGGCUGGACCCGGUCAUUGAAAUGGACGCAAAGGCCGGCGGUUCUGCAUUCUCAGUGGUAUAA